UGUGUGUGUGUUGGUCCCAACGGUGCACGUCGUGUUUCCUUCCACAGUCUCAGCGUGAUGAGACGUGCUAGUUAACGGUUUUUUUGUGUGGUUUUUUUUAAUAUUCGCUAUGAAAAGUUUUGCAUUUUAACCCGCUUUUUUUAAACAUUGUUUCAAUGCCGUUUUGUCUAACAUUCCGCUCCAGAGACGCAGCACCAUCUGCAGAGCGAGAGGGGGGAAAAAAGGCGACUUGGUCGGCGGUGAAGAGUGUCCGCCUCCCCUCCAUGAAGCGCGGCGAUGCCCUCUGAUUUUGUGUCCCUCCUCAGCUCCGACCUCGACCUCAAUUCACCAAAGUCUCUCUACUCUAAAGGCGGACACAUCCCCCUGGCAGAGACAACUUCCUUAAGAGAAUUCUGCUAUUGUUACAUGAAACCAUACUCAGAGUCCGUAUAUGACCUCCUCCCCAAAGAGCUCCAGCUCCAGCAGUCGUCCGCCCAGACCGACCCAGCCGCCAUGAGCCAGAAGAGCGGGGGAGAGGCGGGGCCUCCUCCCUCGGCAGCCUUGGCUUCAGAUGCCUCAUCUUCCACCUCCAGCCCCUCCGCCUCCUUAGCCAUGGGAGCCCCACCAUGCUCUGGCAUCAUAUCCACUGGCCCCGCCUCUUUGACCUCAGACCACCAUAAGGCCCCCCAGCAUCUUCACUCUACUGGAGGGGAUGGAGCUAUAGCUUCAGAAGUCCUAGUCAUGGAAGGAGCAGUGUCUGCUACUAGUAGGAGCAACAGUGGAGCAAGCGCUGCAGCAGGAGAUGCUGGGUCAGCGGUCUUGUCAGGGCUAGGAGUUCAGCAGCCUCAGAACACCCCAUCAAAGCGGAGGCCUGUAUUAAGCAUAUCCCCGCCACCUGAGGACCUGUUUGAUGAUAGUCAGAUGUCCUGCCUAGAAGAGCCCCCCGUAGCUGGAGCGCCAGGCCCAGACUCUGAGCAAAGUCAAAACAGCAUGUGGGCUGAUGACUCCGUCUCCAACUUUAGCUUAGCCAGCUCCUUCUCCUACAACGACAACACGGAGGUGCCACGCAAGUCGAGAAAACGAACCCCUCGCCAACGACCCGGCCCGAAGGCUGCUCCCCCUGAGGACAGCAUGGACGUGUUUGAUGCCGACAGUGCCAAGGCACCUCACUUUGUCCUUUCCCAACUGGGCCCAGACAAGACCAGUCCCAUGACCGGCUCUCUUGAGCCAGGCACGGCAGUGAAGGGUGGUUCGCUAUUUACCCAGUACCCCCCAAGAAGCAAUGGGAAAGAAUUACAUAUCCUGGUGCAACCUGAAACCCAGCACAGAGCUCGCUAUUUGACCGAGGGCAGCCGAGGUUCUGUCAAAGACCGCACACAGCAGGGAUUCCCCACCAUCAAGUUGGAGGGUGUUAGCGAGGCGGUUGUGCUGCAGGUGUUUGUGGCAAAUGAUGCAGGCAAAGUGAAGCCGCAUGGUUUCUACCAGGCCUGUAAAGUGACCGGCCGCAACACCACCGCCUGCACAGAAGUGGACAUUGAAGGCACCACUGUUAUUGAGAUCUCUCUGGAGCCCAGCAAUGACAUGAAACUUGCGGUGGACUGUGUUGGAAUUUUAAAGCUACGCAAUGCUGAUGUGGAGGCACGUAUCGGUGUAGCAGGAUCUAAAAAGAAGAGCACCCGUGCUCGGCUGGCCUUUAGAGUCAACAUCCCUCAGACCGACGGAUCCAUCCUUACGCUACAAGUCCCCUCGUCGCCCAUUCUGUGCACCCAGCCAGCAGGAGUGCCAGAGAUCCUAAAAAAGAGUCUUCACUGCUGCUCUGCGAGAGGAGGGGAGGAAGUUUUUAUUAUCGGAAAGAACUUUCUCAAAGGAACCAAAGUCAUUUUUCAGGAGAACAUUGGAGAUGAUAGUUCCUGGCGAGCUGAGGCCAAGAUAGACAUGGACCUCUUUCAUCAGAAUCAUCUGAUUGUGACAGCCCCUCCAUUCCAUGACCAGUCAAUAACUGCCCCUGUUUCCGUGGGAAUAUUUGUGAUGACCAAUGCUGGUAAAUCACAUGAAGCCCAAACAUUCACCUAUACUCCAGACUCAGCUGAUGACGCAGACAACCGAACUGUAAAAACAGAGGCUACUUCCUUUACGACAUGUAUAUUUAAUAGUCCGAUCAAAUCUGGUUCUGACCAAACGGAAUGCUCUGGUCAGCCGACCAAACGAGAAGAGGACACACCAAUGGAAGUUUCUAGCAAUCAACCGCCCUCAAAUGUCUUCAAGCAAUCUGCUGAUCCAAUUGUCACAGUGCAGCAGACACUGGAACUCAGCUCCAGCCCUAAUUCAGUUGGGGAGUCUUUUCAGAGCUCAAUCCCCCUUCAACCUGAAGACGUGGAGCUUCCCCAAGCGCCCCCUGUGUUCCCCACCCUCGAGUCUCUCAACUCCAUACAAAAGCAAGACAUUGCCCCAGCCACAUCCUUCCCAAUGUCAGGAGAUCCAACAAUCCCUCCUGUGACACCAGAAGUUCCCCAGCAGUUCCUCAGAGACCCUCAGGAAAGCCUGCCUCCUGAACAUUCUAACAGUGGUGGGGUUGUUGUUGUAGCUAUGCCCCAAAUAGCUGCACCCUCUCAGCCCCAGGCCCAGCAGUCACAGGUUUCUUUAUAUGCCCAGGAAGGAGUUGCCCAGCUGGAGAGGGCUGUAAGAGAGCUCCAGGCUGGAAGUAAUACCACACUCCAGCAGGUUUUAGAGGCAGCUGUAGUCCAGCAGCAGCUAAAUUCUGUGCUUUAUAGCUCCACGCCCUCUGCUGAAUCCCUUCAACAGCAUGUCCAAGAAAACAUGAACAGCCUUCGGUUGGGAACUACCGAUAAUUCGCUGUCGCAACAGCAACAACUGCAGAUGCAGCAGCAGCAGCAGCAGCAGCAACAGCAGAUUCAACAGUUUCAACAACACCAACAACAAAUGCAACAGCAUCAAUUUCUUGGUAAUCUUCAACAACACCAUCUGCAGCAGCAGCAACAAGUCAUCGGAAACAUGCAGAUCCAACAACAACUUAUACUACAGCCGCAAGACCAACAACAACUACAACAGCAACAGAUGCUGGAGAACAUUCAACAACAGCAACUGCAACAGAAUCAGCAGCAACAAGUCAUGAAUAACAUCCAGCUCCAGGAUCAGCAACAAAAUCAAAUGCUGAGCAGUUUACAACAACAUCAACUACAACAGCAACAAAGCCAGGCUUUGAGCAAUCUCCAACAGCAGCAGAUGCAGGAACAGCAAGUGUUAGAGAACCUGCAACAGCAGCUGCAGGCCGAGUUGUUCCAACCACAGAUCCAUUCCUCCCCCCAGGUGCAGCAGCCGGUCUCCCUCCUUCAGCAAGCUGGUGAGAUGCUCACCAUCCAAACCAGCUUCCCCACCCAGCCCCCAUCUCAUACGUCCCCUCCACAGCAACUCUUCCAAUCCCCGAGGCCCAUAGCGGAGACACAGGGCUCCCAACAGCAGGUCCAAGCUGCCUUGCUCCAGAAUACACUCACGGUUUUAACCAGCGGCAGCCUCGGCCAAGAACAGCAGUACCUUUCCCCGAACCCUCAAUCCCAACAGCAGCAGCAGUUGACGUUCAUCUCCACCAUGGAGACGUCUUCUAGCCAGUCUCAGCCGGUUGCCAUGUUUCAAAACCAACCUCAAGCUUCACUUUCUCAAAUGCAGCAACAGAGCACCCCCAUGGAACAACAACAAUCUCCACAACAAAAUCAACAGCAUUCACCCCAAAUCACGAUUGGGCAACAGGGAUCCUUGUUCCAAAGCAUACCCAACCACUCCCAACCUAACCCCAUUCCUCAGAGCCAGCUCUCCCAAGCACAGCAGACAGGUCUGCUCCUCUGCACAACUGAUCUAGACCCACAGGCCAUUCCCCAAACGAUACUCUUCAGCACCCAGACCCAGGGUCCUUCCCAGAUGGGUAGCAUCACUGUUGAAAUUCCCCAGCAGGAGCCAGCAGAACCUAUGUCUUUCCAGGAUCAGACAGCCGCACAGAACCAACAGCGGGGCCUUUUCCAGGAACAGCAACCAAUGCAGGUGGGCUCAACUCGUGGUUCACAGGAGCUGAACAAUCAGGCGGCGCCACCGAGCACAACCAUCUUUGUGGUCCAAGGGGCUGUGGGCGUGGUGGACAACCCUGGCCAGCAGCCCCCAGAGCAGCUUUUCCAGACAAAUGUGACUGACAACGUGGCACAGCGAGGACCAGCCAACCUGUUUGUGUUUGGCAUUCAGAAUGACACUCCCCUACUCCUUAACUCCCCUGGAUCGACCCUUCCAGUUCCCAGCCAAGCCCAGAACUCGGGUCACAUCAUGGAACAGCCCAUGGCCCAGGGUGCAUCCCCGAUGGCGCCCAACAUGCACAGCAGCUUACAGAGCAGUCUUCAGGCACAAAUGCAAUCCAGUUUAGAAAGUGCAAUGCAGGACGCCAUGCAGACCAACGCCCAGGUGAGCCAACAGCAGGCCGCCGUCGACGCCAGCCUGGCCACUCCCAUGCAGACCAAUCUCCAGAUACGAAGCUGCUUACAGAAUACACUGCAGGGCUCCAUAUCGGCGACAUCCAACAUGGGCAAAAUCGAGGACCUACUGGAAAGCCUCCAGAAGCAGUGAGGAGGUGCGCAGACCACAUGGAGAGAAGGUGACAUGCACUCCUAACGUCAACAAGACAUUGGUGUUUGGUGCCAGAAAAAAAAAGUCUCUAUUUAAGAAUUAAAUGCCCCUUUGACCUAAAACCCCCAAAUGAUGAGCUUAUGUAACUCAUUUUUAAUAACUAUUUAUGGUAAAUUAUAGCCUUUGUAUAUCCAUUGUCCUUGAAUUGACGAUCUGCCUUUUGUUAUUACCCUCUUGCAGGAUCAAAGAGGCCUGUAAUAACUGCUUUAUCCGUAAGUCUCGAAAAAGAUGCAGUGUUGUGUUUUCAAGAGUGUUUUACUAAUGUCGGGCCCACGAGCGGGGCCAACCGACCAGGUUUUUCCCUGGAAGGAGAGAAACAGAAUGUCACUGACUGAAGCAAACUUGAUGUGUGCCGAGCGGGCGGUCAAACAGUUAGCCAUGGAUUCAACGUCCAACUGCAGAAAAAUGUCGGGCUGAAUCUCAUUUUUGGAGUGUGUAGAGAACUCUUUUGUGACUAUCGUGUGCAGCUUGUUUUUGUUCCGAAUUACUGAACUCCGCUAACAUUUAAAGGCUCUUAUGUUGUGCACAUUUGACAGGAGGGCACUUUCAAGAUGGUUCAGAUCUAUCAAUCUCGAAUAUAUUUGUUAUUGUUGGUGUGCUUUCAAGUGUAACACUCCUGAAUGAGAUUGAACCUGCGUAAAUACUGUGACUUCUCUCUGUUUCCAUGCGUGCAGGCCUCCAAAUAACUAUGAAGUUUGUUGUACCUUUUUGUCUUUUGAAGGGAAACCUUUACCGAGUCAAUGUGGAUAGAAACUUUACACUCGUGAGUGUCGUGUGUGAUUUUAUAGACAUUUUAUCUCAAGCACUUUAUAACCUCUUCUGUGUAACCAGCUAAUCCAUCCGUCCACACCUGCGUUUGUACACAGAAGCAUCCCUUAACGGCAGAGAAAAGUAACACUAAAUGUGUUCUCUCUAUACAUGGCAGCCAACAAUUGUUGGUCUUCUCAUGCCAAAAGCCAGGCAACUUUCUAAGAAAACUUUGCUGACAGCUGAAUUGUUGUGUAAGCACCGAGGAGUUGAAGGGCCACACUGGAAAGAAAAACAAAACAUUACCAGGAGAAAGUUGCAAUUUUUAGGUGGGAAAGCACAACAGAACAAUUACAAGACAAAAGUGAGACUACUGGAAUCCGGGAUGGGAUGAUAAAUACAGAAAAGAAAAGGAAAAAAACUCUAAUAAUUUUACAAGAACAAAUUUGGGGGAAGGAAGUCAUCAUUUUAUGAGAAUAAAUCUGUCAUAAUAGGUCAAAAAUACUGAUAAAACAGAAUAAAUACUUUUUUUUUUUAAAUGCUGUUUUACCUUUUUCAAUUUGUAAUGAGCAAAAUAAAGUUGUUUUAUGAGAAAGGGGAGUUAUUAUAUGACGAGAAAGAACUUCUAAUGUUAACAAGGAUUAAAUUGUAAUAUUUGGGAAAACCUUUGCAAAUUUGGGUUA